AUGUCUUCCAUUAAAGAGUUCCAACAUCUCAAAAUAUCACUCGGAGUUUUAAAAUCUGCCACCAAUAAUUUCGCACAAACCAACUGCAUCGGGGGUGGUGGAUUCGGGAAAGUCUAUAAAGGAGAAAUUCUCCUAUCUGGCGUGAUAACCAUGGUUGCCGUUAAGCGCUUAGAUAGGUCGCUUGGACAAGGAACCACUGAGUUUUGGAAAGAGAUAAUGAUACUUUUUCAAUACAAACAUGAAAAUCUUAUCUCCCUCUUAGGCUUUUGUGAUGAGCUUAGCGAGAAUCUUCUUGUUUAUGAGUAUCUAUCCAACAAAAGUCUCGACUUAUACAUAAGUCACACCAAUUUUUCUUGGCAUAAACGGCUUUUUAUAUGCCAUAGGGCAGCAAGGGGACUACAAUUCCUUCAUGAACCUUUAAAGGGGAGUCAACAAAGAGUCUUACACAGAGAUAUCAAAAGUGCAAAUAUAUUGUUGGGUGAUAAUUUGGAACCUAAGAUAUCAGACUUUGGUUUGUCUAAACUAGGUCCUGCUAACCAACAAUUCACUUUUGUUUUUUCAAAUGCAGUAGGUACAAGGGGGUAUUGUGAUCCCUUAUAUGAUCAUACAAACUUGUUGUCAAAAGAAUCUGACGUCUAUUCCUUUGGUGUUGUUUUGUUCGAAGUUCUUUGCGGAAGACUCGCAUAUGCAAAGUACUACAAUGAUAUGGGCACAUCUUUGGUGGCAUUGGCACGGAAGUGCUAUGAAGAAAAUACAUUGGAUACGAUCAUUCACUCUAGUAUAAGAGAAACAAUUUCACCUAAGUCUUUAGAAAGGUUUUCAGCAAUAGCUUAUCAAUGUUUGCACAUAAAUCGCGAAGAACGACCAUCAAUGGCUAAAAUCGUGGAAGAGCUUGACCUUGCAUAUAGAUACCAAGGCCUCGCCAACAUAUCACUACCAGAAAUGCCAAUGAAAGAGAUAAAAGUAGCAGCCGGAAACUUUAAAAAGUGUAUUUGGGAAGAUGGUCGAUAUCAGAUAUACAAAGGGAAACUUUCCAUUUCAGGAGGAAAACCUACAAUGGCCUUUAUCAAGAGGUUUUGUGAUCACCAUUCAAAACGUUAUUGUUUGUACCAAGCUACUUUCUCUUGUCAAGUGUCUCCAAACAUCAACUCUGUUCUCGGCUAUUGUGACGACGAAAGGGGAAAUAUUAUAGUCCAUGAAUAUGCAGAGCGUGGAAGCUUAGAUCAGUAUAUAAGCUGCAGGAGCAACAAUACUACUCUAAAGUGGCUCCAAAGACUUCAAAUAUGUUGCGGUGUAGCUCAUGGGUUAUAUCAACUUCAUAAUCGAGGCAUAGCCCAGGGUGCACUUAGUAGUGCAAAUAUUUUGCUAGAUAAAGAGUGGGUUGCUAAAGUUAGUGAUUUUAUGAUAUCCGCCCCAAGUUCAACAACAAUUUUAGAUGUCGUUACUGCUAAACGUCUUUAUAGCGCACCAGAGUACAUUCUUAGUGGUAAAGGGUCGAAAGAAGGAGAUAUAUAUUCUUUGGGUAUGGUACUAUUUGAAGUUGUAUGUGGGAGGCUGUGUACCGAAGAGGUAGAUGGCUACAUGUUAUCAGCCGAACUAAUCAAAGACUUGCAUGCAAAGUGGAAAUUAGAUGAGAUUGUCGAUCCUAGAUUAAGAGCACAAAUGAUCGAUGAUUACUCCAUGGGUAAAUAUUUUGCAAUUGCAUAUAGAUGCUUGUUGGAUGAUCCGAACGAACGACCAACAAUCCAGACCUUAAUAAAAGAGCUUGAAGAUAUAGUGAGAGACGAGAUGCAGGUAGCGACAAUGCAGAAAUUUGAAUUGAAAGAGAUAGAAGUAGCAACCAAUAACUUUACUUCGUGUAUUGGCAGCAAUCGUGAUGGCACAUUGAUAUAUGACGGGGAACUUUCCAUUUUCGGAAUACCUACAAGGGUAUAUCUAGUAAGGUUUCUAGAGAAUUCAGGAUCACUAAGUUAUUAUACGGAAUUAGUGGACUUCCUCUGUAAACUACACCAUCCAAACUUUCUCUCGGCUCUCGGUUAUUGCUAUGAGGAAGGGAAGAAGUUUAUAGUGCGUGAGUAUCCAGAGGGUGUAAGUUUAGAUCAGUAUAUAAGGCGUAACAAUAGAGCUUAUACUACUAGUCUUACGUGGUUACAAAGACUUGAAAUUUGCGCAGCUGCCGGUCGUGGUUUAUCUUACUUUGUUAGUAAUAAAUACACAGGCCUGAAAGGUCUCGAAAGCACCUCUAUUGUUCUUGAUGACAAAUGGGUUGCUAAAAUUUCCGAUUCAGGUAUAUCCACGCAAUAUUCAACAGGUUUAGAUAGAGGUGCCGACCCUUAUAACUCACCCGAAUACAUUACUGAUGGUAUUGAGACCGAAAAAAGCAAUGUAUAUUCUUUUGGCAUGGUAUUAUUUGAAGUGUUGUGUGGGAGGCUGUGCACCGAAGAGGUGGAUGGCGUCAUGUUAUCAGCGGAACUGAUGAAAGAGUCGUAUGAAGAGAAGAAACUUGAUGAGAUCGUUGAUCCUGCUCUUCUAAGAGAAAAGAACAUCAACUCAGAUUCCCUGGACAAAUACUCGGCAAUGGCUUAUCGAUGCUUGUUGGAUGAUCCAAAAGAACGACCUUCCAUGUAUAUUGUCGUGAAAGAGCUUGAAAGUAUCGAGAACAACUUGAGAACCAAUGAAAACGCGAUGACAAGAGUGACUCAAGUCCACCUGCUGUUUGUUUUUAUGAUGGCACUUGCUAGCCUUUACCUUGGGUAUGUGUCGCACCAAGAGGAUAAUAACUGGAUUCCAGAUUUUUUGAAGUUUGAUGUUGAUAAAGAAGCUAUACCAAUGGAACAGUGCCGGAAUGAAUCAACAGAGGUAGUUGGAUCUCCGGCAGGAAACGGCGAGGUCAAUCCAGAGCGUCAAACAGAUGCGGUCAAUUCUAACGGUGCGAAUUUUAAUCUGUCAUUAAAUUUUGAUGGGAAUUUCAAUUUGACUGAUGUUAAUGAUGCUUUGAUUGAGGAUACGUUAGAAAAGAUUGAUGGUAUUUAUGGGAAUGACACGGAAUUUAAUGGAGAGAAUAAUAUAAUUGAAACAAAGUCACGUGCUGAAAACGUUUGA